AUGUGCACUGCAAUGAGCUCUCCCACAGUCACCGAGGUACAAGCGGCAGAGACCCUAUGCACUACCUGGGUAUUGACUAACGACGACCUCUGUCUACAAUGGAGGGAGCAGGUAGCCGAAGAUGAGCGCCUCGGCGCGGAACAGAAACAUUUAACCGAAGAAGAAGCCAAACGUGAUCGUUUAGCCCUACAAUUGGAAGAAAACACUGUGAGAGCAGAUGAGAAGAAGAAGAACCGGUUGAAGCACUCCCUAAUAGUCAUGCGCCCGCGCCCCUUCGCAAAUGAUGAAGAAGCCUUAGUCUCCGAAUUCGCAUUGCGGAAGAUAGACAGCGGAAAAUAUGUUGAGCUCUUCUACUGGACAAACCAAGGUCUGGACGAUGCCUUGACCAACUACCGCACCAGGGAUGAUGACAGCAUGGUUCCCUCCAUCGGAGAGGAUGGUUCGACAGUGUGGGUCAGUGCGGCAACUUCAAAGCCGGCGGCUGGAGUCAUAGCAGAUAGGGAUCUCUCUCCAGUAGACUUUGCACAAGCAAUUCCGCAUAUAAUGGCAGCCAUCGAGGAAUGCGACUGGACCAAACAACGCACCCUGAUGUUAGCUCAAUUCUGGGGCGCCAUAAUGCUCCAUCGCUAUUGGAACUCCAAUGACUUGUUGGCCAGACGUGUGAUUCUACUUUACCAAGAAGAACAGCGCCGAGCCUGGCAUAGUGCCAUCCUCUCAUCCAAUGAUGCCUGGGAUAUCUCCAUCAUCGACGAAACUGCCCUCAUGUCCUGGUACAUUUCCGAAACUCUGAUCUCAGGAACUUACUAA